AUGUCACCCAUGGCCGGGAGUGCCGCUGCCGUUGCGUCCACAGCGCCGAGUGUCACGCAAGGACUCAUGGGCGAUAGCACCGCGAGAGGGCCAGACAAUGAGCGCGAGAACGAGGUGGGGUUGGAGGCGCUGCUGCGCGGGCUGUACGAGCGCAUGUGUCCGCGCGAUCCCGACUACAACGUGCGGCUGGAGCUCGUCGAGCGCAUCAACAUGCUCGUCGCCUCCGUGCCCGCCUGCAAAGGCAUGGAGGUGGUGCCGUUCGGGUCGUUCGCGUCGGACCUGUUCUCGCCGUGGGGCGACCUGGACCUGUCGCUGGAGGGCGAGGUGCGCAGCACGGGGGGCAACGGGCUGCGCCGCCAGGGCGUCAACAUACUGCAUGCCAUUCACUACCGCCUGCUGCACACAGGCAUGGCGCGGGGAGUGCAGAUAGUGGCGCACGCGCGGGUGCCGCUGGUGAUGUUCACGGACGCUGCGACGGGCAUCGCGUGCGACCUGUCCGUGGGCAACGGCACAGGCGUCUUCAAGUCCACAAUCCUGCGCUCGCUGCUCCGUUUCGACGCGCGCUGCCGCCCGCUGCUCUUCCUCCUCAUUGCAACUCUUCGGUCAACUCAUUGGUGCACCAUCGCCUCCUUCCUUGUCCUGCCGUGUUCUGCACUUCAUUCAUACCAAACCCCACCCGUCCUCUCUUUCCUCUCGCCCUUCCCCGCCUCUCACUCCCGCCCGUCCCUUCUGCUCCCCUGUCCUCUCCCUCGUCCUCUCUUCUCCCCUUACCCUCACCCCCCGUCCUCCCGUACCCUCAUCCCCCCACCCCCUCAUCCCUCCCGUCCCCUCAUCCCCCCAUCGCUUCAUCCCCAUUUCCCCUCACCCUGUGCAAUCCCUCCCCCGUGGCAUGGCAUGGCAUGGCAUGGCAUGGCGUGGCGUGGCGUGGCGUGCGUGCAGGUGAAGGCGUGGGCGAAGGCGCAGGGCAUAAACGACCCCAAGGGCGGCUCGCUCAACUCCUUUGCGCUCGCGCUGCUCGUCAUAUUCCACCUGCAGACCGUGCAACCGCCCAUCCUCCCGCCCGUCCGCCACAUCCUCGGACGACCCGUGCCUUUGGGGCACGUUGCCUUCUUCAGUGCAUGGCUGCUCGUCGCCGCUUAUGUCGUCUCAGCGCUUACCAUCGGCGCGGCACAUGUCCUCUCGCUCGCUCCUGCCACCUCCUCCCCGCUGUUCCCUUCUCUCUCUCUCUCCUUGGACUCCCCCGGUUUUCCGUGUCCACUAUCACCUCCCCCCUCCUUCGUGUGCCUGUGUGGUGUGCAUGCGGCCACGGAGAGGAGAGAACAGAGCAGGAGGCUGCUUUUGAAGCACCUGGAGGGAAUGGAGCAGAAGGCGGUGAGGCAUCAGCGCAUAGCAGAGUGUGAGGAGCGGGUGGAGAGCAUGAUAGCAGCGCGGGACAAGGGCGAGCCAGUGGAAUGGGGUGGGGCGGGGAAGAACACCAGCUGUGUCGCCGUGCUGCUCGCGUCUUUCUUUGCCAAGUACGAUGCAGUGCGUGAGCAGUGGGCGCAGGGCCUGGCGGUGCGGCCGCUGACGGCAGAGUGGGGCGACCUCACGGUCACGCACUCAUCAUUCGCCCAACGCAGCUACUCCAUGAUCGUGAGUGCUGCUGUCUCGUCACCGCCGCCUGUGGGUCGGGUGGAGGAUCCAUUCGACCCACGGGAGAACUGUGCACGCUCCGUGCAGCCGCACUCCUUCCCCAGCGUCUGCGACGCCUUUGCAGCCGCAGCACGCGCCUUCUCGCCCCUCCCGCCCGCCCACUCACUCCGCCAGCUGCGCGUGGCCCUCUUCAAAUGGCCGUCCAACCAGGCACGCCCCUCCUUCACCACCUCGCACCCCGUUGACACCAUGCCUACCCCAACCCCACCACGCAUACCCCCCUCUCCAAUCCUCCGCUCCAGCUGCUCCCACCACUCUCAACCUCCCCGUAAAUCCCCAAUCCCCUCUACUUUCCGCCACUGCCCCUCGUGCCAAGUGCUCAGUCUCGCCCGCCCCACUCUUGGUCCUCCACACCCCUUGGGCUUCGGAGGCUUGCGAAGUGACUUCUCUGCAGCUGCUGCUGCUGGUCCUAUCCCUCCUCCUGCUGCUCCCGCUGGUGCUGCUGCUGCUGCUGGCGGCGGCGGGGGCGGUGGAAGCAGCAGCACCAGUUCUGGCCAUGUGGCUGCGGCGGGAGUAGCGGCGUCAGAUGCAAGGGGAGGGGGCGGUGCAGCAGGGGAAGUUGCGGCAGGGAACGUGACCGGAGGGGUGUCGUGGAGUGUGGCUGGGGACAGGAGUCAUGGUGUGUUGAUCGACCGAGGCAAGGCAACAGCAGCAACGGCAGGUGUGAAAGGCGAGCGCGUGGCAGCAGCAGAUGGGCACGUAGCGAAUGUAUCGGCUGCUGAAAUCAUCACUGGGCGUUUAAGCGAGGGUGGGCGAGGAGGGGGUGUGCAGGGGCAGCAGCAGAAUGGGUACCAGGGUGGCCAAGGAGCUGUGGGGAAUGUAGGAGGUGCUGGUGCUGGUGGUGCUGCAAACAAUUCUAGGAGGAAGCGAGGGGGGAGAAAGGAUCAGUGCCGCCUCUCUUACCACAUCGUUUCAUUGGACGCAACCCUCCUCUUGCCCUCCUGCUUGAACAUGCCAUACGCGGGGCUGAGCGGGAGCAUUCCGUUGAGCAUCAGCGGACUGAAUGCACUUACCACACUCGACCUGUCGUCCAACAACCUCACGGGGCUCAUCCCCUCCACCGUCACCGCGCUCUCCAAGCUGCAGUGGAUGAGCCUGGGUUCCAACUUUCUGAUGGGGCCCGUACCCCCAUGCACCGCCCUCUCCAGCCUCUCCUAUCUGUGCGCCCUCUGCCUCUCUUUUGAGAACUCUCAAUCGCGUCUUCUCCACAACAACCUCUCGGGAUCGCUGCCAGCCACCAUUGGGAGCUUCUUCCACCUCACUGAACUGUACUCCACCGCACUGCCUUUCUGCCCUUCCCUUUCUCCCCUUCCCUUUCUCCUCUUCAUGUUAUCUCCUUCCCUUUCUCCCCUUUCCUUUCUCCCCUUUCCUUUCUCCCCUUUCCUUUCUCCCUUUUCCUUCCUCCCCUUCCUUCUUUACUCCCCUACCCUUUCUCCCCUUUCCUUUCUCCCCUUCCCUUUUCCCCCUUCUCUUUCUCCCCUUCCCCUUCUCCCCUUCCCCUUCUCCCUUUCCUUACCUCCCUUUCCUUCCCGCCCGUCUUGCUCCGCAAAUCCCGUUUCGAUGUGUCGUUCAACGGUCUGUCGGGCUCUCUGCCUGUCGCCAUCAGCAACCUCACCAGUGCGGCUGUCCUGUGAGCGCUCUCUCCCCCUCGCACGCACCAUCCAUCCGCAUACCGCCAGUUUUGAUCCGCCUCCAAUAAUGCCCCCUUGCAUCAUCCACACUAGCGUCCCUCACCCUACCCUCGCUCAUCUCGUCCCCCGUUCGUUCCUGGAUCUGCUCACCCCUCUCCCUUCCCCUUGCCCCACUCUCCCCACUCGCCUUACUCUCCCCACUCGCCUUACUCUCCCCACUCGCCUUACUCUCCCCACUCUCAGUCCCCUGCCAUCAGCUGCUUUUGCUGUGCUCUCAAACUGCUUUUUCCCCGCUCUAACUCCCAUCCCCUCAAUCACCUUCUCCCUGCAUUCACCCUUUGUGUGCUCUCUCCCCUCCCUCUCCCUCGUCCCUCCUCUCUCCCCUCCUCUCUCCCCUCCCUCUCCCCUCCCUCUCCCCUCGUCUCCCCUCCCUCUCCCCUCGUCUCCACUCCCCGGUUUCCUCCCUCCUCUCUCUUUUGUGUCCCCAUCCUCUCCUCUCUUCCCAUGUGCACCGCACUGCAGUGAUCUGGGAGACAACAACUUCACAGGCCCAUUUCCCCCAUCCAUCUUCUCGCUUUCCAAUCUCAGAGACCUGUCGCUGUACGACAACCAAUUCGUCGGCCCGGUGCCGGACGCCAUCAGCACGCUCACCAAGCUCAAGGACCUAAACAUUUUCCGCAACAGCCUCUCUGGCCCCCUCCCCUCGGGCAUUGGAAGCCUCGUGAUGAUGGAGUACAUGAACAUGCAGAACAACCAACUCAAUGGGUCCAUUCCAGCUUCCAUUGGCAACCUCGUCAACCUCGACUACCUCGACAUAAGCGGCAAUGCAUUCACGGGUUCUCUCCCCGACUCCAUGGGCCUGCUCACCAACCUCAAGAACCUUGAUCUGAGUGAGAACAUGUUCACGGGCUCUCUGCCUGUUUCAUUGGGCAACCUCACCAACCUGCUCACCCUGUUCUACAACUCUUCCAGCCCCAGCAGCCCCGUGUGUCCGCCCAGCGGUGGCAGCUGCAUGGGGGUGAAUCAGCAGAGCAACUCCUCCUUCUGCCAGGCCUGCCCUGCCUUCUGCACCACCUGCACGCCCCCUGGCAGCCCAGCAACCUCCACCCCGACAGAAGCACCACCCUCGUCACCGGCCCCCGCGUCCUCCCCUGCCCCGUCUCCCCCAAUUGCACCCCCCAGCUCUCCUCCUCCCCCUCCUGUCACCCCCUCGCCCGCACCUACUCCGCCCAGUGCAGCCGGUCCUCUCCCCACUGCCCGUGCUGCUCUCUGCCUGAUGCUGCCGGCACUGCUGGCUGCAGCCCUCAUGCUCUAG